AUGAUGCUUGAAUUCAAAUGUACAUAUAAGAAUCGUUCUAAUGUGGAUAAUUUUCACUUGCAAAACGAUGAAAACGUCAUGAAAGCUUCAUCAAUAGAGGAGCUAGAUACAGUUGGAGAAGAUAAUGGGGUAUAUGAAGGGAAUAGUAACGCCAUAUGCCCAUAUAAAGGGAUUGCAGCUCCAAGAUUAGAAGAGCUCAAACAGUUGUACCUUUCGCAUGCAAGAGUUACAGGUUUUAGUAUAAAAAAAUGGACCCAAAGAAUAAGGAAAAAUGUUGUUGUAGAGAAGUACUUGGAUGUCGUUUUAAUGACUGAGUCUGAUGUAUUCCAUGCAUCACCCUACUUUUUAAUUAAUGUGAAAGUAUGUGAAAAUUGGAGAAAAUAUAAGAGUGAACAAUGUGUAUACAUAAACGUUAUGCCUAGAGGCCGUGGUCGACAAUUAUCUACUAAGGUUGAAGGCCGUAGUAUGGAUUCUCAAUAUAGAAGGUUGGAGGCGACACAUGAAAGGUUACUUAAAAUUCUUGAGGAUCAGAAUCGUAAGGGUGAACUGGACCAAGAAAGGCAUGUAUCAAUUGCAGAGAAGAUUGAUACAAUUAAUUCGUUUGAAGAAGUAAGCAUAAGAACAACCACUACUUAUAGAUAUUUCUCUCAAGAUGCAGGGGGUGACGAGUUUGUGGGGCAUACACUAACCGAUCAUAUCAACUAUGUCAAUAGUUUGAGGAUGAAAGCAAUAGAAGGGGGUGAUGCUCAAAUGGUAAUUGACAAGUUAAUAGAGGAAUCGGAAAAAGAUCCCGAUUUUUACUAUCGCGUAAGAUUGAAUGAUCAAGGUCAACUUAUAGCUUUAUUCUGGAGUGACAGUAUGAUGAGAGAAGACUACAAGAUUUACGGAGACGUGGUCAUAUUUGACACAACCUAUCACACUAAUCGAUAUAAUCUCAUAUAUGGACCACUAGUGGGGAUAAAUAAUCACUGGAAAACUGUUAUGUUUGGGUGUUCAUUUAUCGCAGAAGAGAAGGUGGAAUCAUUUGAAUGGGUUCUAAGACAGUUUAAGAAGGUCAUGAAUAAUAAAUCUCCAAUCUCGAUCUUCACUGAUCAAGACUUUGCGAUGUCAAAAGCAAUUGAAAAGUCAAAUCCUGGAUUCAAGGAAGCUUUUCAUAAAUGCUUGAUAGGAUGCAAUAAUGAGGAGGAAUUUAAUGAGUGUUGGGAUAAUAUGGUAACAAUGUACAACAUGAAAGACAAUGAAGAAUUCUACAAGUGGGUGUGGAUAGAAGAUAUGAAAAAAAGCGCACAAACUAUUGUUUAUAUGAACCAUCAAGGAAAUGCUAAUCUUAAGUGCACAUGUAAAAACUUUGAGGCUUGUGGUUGGUUGUGUUGUCAUUGUUUGUGCAUACUUCAUAAUCAUUCAAUAUCAAAGAUCCCAGAAAAAUACAUCUUACCUCGAUGGACAAAAUGUGCUAAAAAAGAUGUAUGGGAGAAGAUGUUCUACAACCAAGACCCUCAUAGCAAAGACAACGACAAGAACCAAAGGUUGUUGGCAUUGUAG